AUGAAACUUGCUUGUAUUUUAAUCGUUUCAAUCUUCAAUUUGAUUUUAUGGUCAAGUAUUAAAACAACUCCAAUUCGAAAAGGUUUGGCAAUACGUGCUGAAAACGAUUACUCGGCAUCUAAAAUAUUAAAUGAUGAGGCUGAAUCGUCGGUCAUUCCUCAAACUCAAAAAGAUAAAGAAACAUUGACAAAAAAUGACAAAUACAGGGAUAAUGGAGGGGACAAAGUUUUUAACAAAAGUGAAUAUGAUAAAGAGUAUUACCAAAAUAAUAAAGAAUACUUUCAAAAUUAUCAAAAACUAAACAAAGAAAAGCUAAAAGUGUAUCAGCAAAAUUACUAUAAAAAGAAUAAAGAAAAGUGUAAUGAAUACAAACGAAAAUACCGACUGAAAAAGAAAAACGCUGAAUCUAAUAAUAAUGAAGGAACUUCAUUUGUUAAUCCACAGACUGCUAAUUUUACUAAUGAAGGAAAGGAAGAUCAACUCGAGGUAGAAGAGCCAAAUAAAAUCCUUGAAGAUGCCACAAUAGAUUUAUAUAAGAAAAUGCUUCCUUUUGAUUUGAACGAGAUGCCUGAUAAUGAAGAAUAA